AUAACAACAGCAAAUAAAAGAGGAAGAAAAACAACUCAGAAGACCAAUUUUCUUAGCGGAUUCCUAAAUAAUGGACAAAGAUUCCGAUAGCACGGUGACUUCGUUGGAUGAAAAUACCGAAAACUUUUGCAACAAUCAAACCAGAGACAUAUUGGCCGAAGGUAUUUUAAAUAUUUUUAAACCUGUGGUCGAGAAACUAGACGAACGCAUACAAGCCACACGUCAGUCUCAGAUAGAAUUAAAGGCCCAACUGGAUGUUCUAUCUAUGCAGUUGAGAGAUAUCGAAAGAGCUCAGCAUAAUAUACCAGAGUUUUCAGAUAAAGUAAAAGAACUGAUAAACGUAAAGCACAAAGUCACCGUCAUAGCAAAUAUAUUGACUACCAGCCAGGAACGGCUGAACGGUUUACAUCGUCUAAUAGAAAAGGAACAAAGAAGAAGACAAGCUCUAUUAGACUCGGCCAUAAGUACAAAUAUUUCAUAAGAUAUCUAACUUCAAACGUAAGCAAUAAAAGCAAUUUUAAUUUUUAACAAUGGA